UUAACUGUUUACGUUGGCUACUCCGAAGCGUCUUGAAUAUCAACAUGGAUACGUUUGUGUAUCAAAGGUGACAAUCAUAAGUCCUUUAACAACAUGUAUUGCUGCUGUUGAUGCAUGACUGCCAUUUUAUCCCUUAUUUGUUGAAUAAAAAAUGCAGGUUUGUUAGGUGUGUGUAACAGUAGUUGUUUUGCAUAUUGAAUUGCAAGGUUCUCAUCGUCGGCGUAUAGGAUGACGACAUCGGGGCGUGACGAUCCCGUGCGAAUUUUGCAAACAUGUUUUGUAGCUCCUACCAUGUGUUAGUAGUCCCAGAAAUUGUAUACUGCCACGUGUAUUUGAAUAAGUGGAAUUUGUAUGUGCAUUUUGUGAAUCAUAGAAAAUUAAUAUUACAGCAGUGUUGACUUAUUAUGGAGGAUAUUUGGAAGUUAACUAUCGUAGAAACUGUAGAUACUGCUAAAGAGUAUGCAUCAAAACUUGAAGAUCUUAUAAAGUCAGUUGAAGUUGCUAAAGAACAGGUAAAUGCAAGUACACAGAAGGCAAUUGAAGAUAUUGACAGUGCAUUUGAUUUGUUUACAUCAGUUUUGGUGGAUGCCUUGCACAAAAGAAGAAAUGUGCUGAAAGCUGAAGCCUUCAGGUUCCAAGAGGAAGGUCUGAUCCCUCUGAAGGAAUGUCAUGAUCUGAUUGCAGGGAAGUUAAAAUCCACAAAACUUUAUGUUGAAGAGGGGCACAACAUCUUACGAGCUGGUGGACUAUCUAGUUCAGAAGAAACAUUAAUGUUCAGUGAGAAGGCUUCUCUGCUAGGAAGUUUACCAGCAGUUCCCAGUCUGGAGGAGGUACCAGACAUUUCAUUUCAGUGUCCUGUGGAGUCUGUAAGGGUUAAACUACAGCAGACACUUUCAGGAGUGGGGAAAGUAUCAAGAAUGGGGCCGGUACAGGUUACAGAAGUGGAUGAGAAACCUGGGGCACUUCUGGUACGGUGGGAAGAGGUGGAUUUUGAACGGGUAGUGGACAUCCAUAGUUUCCGGCUUCAGAUGGCUUAUGACGACGUACGAGGCCAGAUGAGUCUCCUGAAGGGCAACUUCCAUGAUAUUUAUUUUGGUCCGGAGUGCCAGUACUUGGUGCGUGACCUGUGUCCUGGCGUGCCAUACACAUUCCGAGUUAGCUGUCAAGUAGAAGGGGACAUAGAAUGGAGUGCUUGGUCAUUACCUCAUGUUGCCACAACAAACUACGCUCCAUUUUGCUGGGAUCUGUCAAAUUCAAACUACAAGAUAACCAAUGAGAACAAAAUUGCUACAAAAACAUCGACGGACCAGUCUGUUCUGUUCUCCAGUUCUGCUCAGUUUGGACCCGGCCACUCGAUUGAAUUCACAGUGCUGGAUUGUGGGGUUGGCUGCAGUGACGAAGGAGUCGGGCUUGUCGAUACAAGAGUCAAAGGUGAAAACUUACUGCAACCUGGAGCAUUGUUCCUCAGCACACUAGGUUCUGUGUUUGUUGAUGGAAGAGAGAAGACAACAAAGUUACCAAGGUUAGACAAGGGCUCUAAGGUUAGCUUCACGUGCGAACACAUACGUGACAGCAAGGUCCGAGUUAACAUCGACAGUAACAACAAGACUGUCACGUAUGACUGGAACAUCUCCAGCCCAGAUCUGAAACUUUCAUUUGCCAUUUGCUUUGGAGAGUGCAACUGGAAAGUGCUUGUUGAAUAAAAGUAUUUAAUUUGUAUUUAGUGAGAGAUGGAUUGUCUUGCAUUACACACAGAUGUCUUAACACAAUGACUCUUAAUACAUCCGAACAGCAUGACAUAAAUCCACUACUCAUGUAAAUGGAUUCUCAAAAAUGUAAAUAUUCAUAUGAGAGUCAUUGUCAUUUUUUAUCUUAUCCAUAUUACAUGAAUAAAAUGUUUUAUAUCUUGAAAUAUGAAGCCCUAUCACCAUCAGUCUGUAUUGCAGAGUUGCAGAUUGUAGUCUUGUAGGUGAUUCUGGAAAAACGUAGAAUUUCACAAUCUGAAGUGUCACUGCUGUGAGAAACUCAAAUCUUAUAUUCAUAAUUUGCUUAAUUGAGCAAACAGAUGAUUUCAAGUGUAAUGUGAUUCUGUAAAGUCAGCUGUUAAAAUGUCACUUUGUCAAAGGUUUGAAAGCAUUGUUUUAUUUUCUGUAAUUCCUAAAUUAUUUUAAAUCUAUGCCAUGUCUCAACUCCAAAAUUGGAAGGAUUUUAGCCUUGAGUAGCAUGACAGGAAACAAAAUAUAUCCACAAACAUACAUGACCUAGACAGGAUUUAACCCAUGGACUGCAGUAUCUGCUCAGCCAUUGACCUUGCUUUCAUUAAGCUGCAAGUUCACUCAUCUCUUUAUUUAAUAUUUAAUGAAGUAAAAAAGGUCAUGGCUGUCAUGGUCCUGUCUGCAUUUAAAGGCUUUACUGUACUUUAACACAGUGCAGUUGUGAUAUAUGUUAGUGUUCAUGCUGCCUGUGGGUGCUGGUACAAUGUGUAAGUGGGCUGUGCUGCCUCUGUGAUCAGGGCUUAAGUGAGGAAGUGAAAUAGUACAUUUGUCACUUCAGCCCUGGUGAUGGACAUGGCGUGUUUCUCUCAGCUCACAUCCAUGCAUGCCAGCCCCUCAAAACAGGAUCAACAUCAAUAAUGAUUCACUGCGAAAUGUUAAUCGCUGUUAGACACUGCAGAGGAAUUUAGAGGUGUGUUGAAGCAUAUGGCAAGUCUAAAGGUAUGCAGUAUUUUUUAAACUUCAUUGUUAUGUAUUCAACAAUGAGUGUUGAAAUGUUAACAAACCUGUUUCAGGUAUGUGGUACAGUUUUAAGAGUUGUUCAUACAAGUUUUUAAAUAUAAUUAGAAUAAUGUAAUGUUUACAGUGUAUCUCCUUCAUUGGUAUAGAAACAUUUUUAUUAAAAAAAUGAUUCCCAGAAGCACUUGUUCAAGGUGUGUGGGUACUGAACAUUUUCUAAUGUAAUUUACUUUUCUCUAUAAUGUAAUCUCCUUGGGAUUUGACCAACAUUUGAGAGGUGCUUACUGUCUCCAUCAUUGAGGACAUUGGUUGCCCUGGUGAUGACACUACACAGUGCAACAUGGCAGAAGACAUCAUCUUCAGUGGAUUUUGUUUUGGACAUGGUACAGUUUGUAAUACCAGAUAUUUGAAUAAUCAGAAUGACUUUGGUUAAUACAUAAACUGUGAAGGUUGGUGUAUGUUUUGUAGUUCAGAAAAUGAACUUAUCUUGUAAGUGCCUGUGCUGUGAAUGAGUUUCCUUUUGUGUGAUCACAUACAGUGUUCUGAUAUUUAAUACAGUUUUGUAUUCAUAUUCACUCA